AUGUCUGCCCCGGUGGAUCAUGACACAGACCAAAUCGCAGACAACGGGGAUACUCGCAUGAUAGAGAACGACACAGAAUCGCACCAUCCCCGCCCGCGGAAAAGACGGAAAUACAUCGCAAAGGCAUGUAACGAGUGCAAGCGUCGGAAAAUCAAGUGUAAUGGAGAGACGCCAUGCCAAAGAUGCGGAAGACAGCGGAUUGGAUGUGUGUACCAGGAAGGACAGCGACAAGAAAUCACCGCGAAUGAACACGGAUUCGAUCAAUUGUGCGAGCAGAUGAAAGUCAUGCAGGAGCAAAUCACUGCUUUGACGGCCGCCGUUCAUACACUUACUCAAGGUGCUGCUGCCCCGACGUCAUUCGCGCGACCGGACCAGACUUGUUCAUCUGUCUCCUCGCAGAGGCAUUUUCGGCGUGUCUCAUCGGCGAAGGGGUUGACUUUUCAAGGUCCCACAACCUCCGCGUUUAGUUUUGAUAUUGCGAAAUCGAGUCUUCAGCGACGCGGGAUCGUCGAGCGCAAUGAUGCUGGUGAGGACGGGGAUUUGACUCAGGAGCCGUCGCCUAUGCCGUCGCCGCCCUCACCGACCCAGGUAUUACAUACACGACGGGGUGAUCCACUAUGGACUAUUGGAAAGGAUGAAGCCCUUAGAUUGUGCAGGGUGUAUGAGGAGGAGAUGGGGAUUAUGUACCCUGUGCUGGACCUGCAGCAGUUACUCAACCAGGUUGAGAUUCUAUAUGGCCAGGUGGGAACAGAGGCCUGGUCGGAGGCGUCUGUACCACAUAAUGGAGAUACGAAGCUGGAUGGUUAUGACGUACAUAUUCUCAGGUUGGUUCUUGCGUGCGCAAUAACGGCCGAGGCAAGCGGAAACAGCGAUUUGGCUAUGCGGCUGUUUGAAGAUGUACAGGAGGUGGCAGAUAACUGUGUCUGGGGGCCUCCGGACAUCAGAGGUAUUAUAUUCCUGACGCUGGUGUCGAUUUUCUACUUUCAAAUGGACGAAGAAGCACUUGCCUGGAGGACGAUCGGUAUCGUGGAACGUAUGUGUCUGGAGAAAGGUCUUCACCGACGGGAAACAUUGGAACAGCCGGCUAUUCUGGCCGAAGGAAAGGAGCGUAUUCUACGAUUGUUCUGGUCCAUAUAUGUUCUGGACAUGCGCUGGAGCUUCGGGACGGGCAUGCCCUUUGCCUUGGAAGACACGGACAUUGACCCGUGGCUUCCAGAGCCCGAGGAAAAGACCCCCUACUUGCGGGUGAUGAUUCGGUAUAGCCGCAUUGCGGCAAAGGUCUGGAAGUUCAUAUCAGCUUUCAACAACACCAACGAGAUCAAGAAGGACGAGAUGAACUAUCUAGACUGGCAGGUCGUACGAUGGACUGCUGCAAUUCCUGAGUCCCUGCGUCUUGACCAGCCAUUGGAUCAGGUGCAACAAGAGCCACGGAGUAUCCGUCGACUGCGGUCUUUACUUUACCUGCGAGCCAACCAGCUGAGGAUGCUCAUCUAUCGACCGGUACUGUAUUCAGCGGCUCAUAUGAUGCGUUAUCCAGCAGAAUCGCAAAUAAUCGUUGACCUUGCCAAAGAAACAAUCCAGUUUAUCACAAAGCUCAACCAGACGUCAGAUAUUUACCGUCUCCAACAGGUCACAUUCAACUGGUUUCUCGUGUCAGCCCUUGCCGUUCUGUUCCUCGCCGUAUCGCACACACCUGCCCAAUUCAGUGCUCACUCUAGAGAGGAGUUCUACAUGGCUCUGGAACUAGUGAAAGGCUUCUCGCCGCGAUCAUAUGUAUCCCGGCGACUGUGGAGGUCAAUCAAGGGCCUUCGAAAACUGGGGCCUCAACUUGGGCUGCAGACCCACCAACAGCCCGAUGAGACGGCUCGUACCGCACUUGAGCCAGCCGCUGGUACUGUAGCGGUGGACUCAAUGGAGCAAAUGCCGGCGCCUAGCACGCAGAGUCAUACAACACCCGACGGAGCUCAGAUGACACGGGAGCUGAUGGAAUGGUUCGAAGCAGUGGGUAAUAUUGAAGACCAGAUCAUGUCAGUGGGAACGGGGGUGCAGACCUACGAGGAACCGUGGCAGUAUGGAGCUCGCAUGGGGAAUGGCUACACGUUUGACUUUGGAGGUGAGCUGUCAAGUUUAAUGAAGGACUGCUUCUGA